UUUUCAACUCCAAUUCCAAUUUCUAAUCAUUUUUCAACUCCAAUCCCAAUUGCCAGUCAAUUUUCAACUCCAAUUUCAAUUACUAGCCACUUUUCAACUCUAUUUCCAGUUGCCAUUCACUUUUUAACUCCAAUUCCA